AUUCACAAAAGAAUAUUUCAAAUACCCAACCACAGGCCCCUGCCCCCAUCAUUUUUACCAAUACUUAACUCCGAUCUAACCAACGGAGAAGGCGUUUUCAGUUCUGUCCCCAUCUCACAAGUUGACCAAUUUCCAGAUCUCUCUUCCCCUCACCACAACCGCCACCGUCACCACCCCUCUCUCUCCCUCCUCCUCCUCCUCGAAAAUGCAGAAACUUCCGUUCCCGGCGGCCCUCGCCGCCACCCUAUUCCUCCUCCUCCUCCUCCACCCCGCCCUCGCCGAGAUCAAAUCCCUCAAGAUCACCUCCGACGCCCGCUCCAUGAUCCUGUUCGAGAAGUUCGGCUUCACCCACACCGGCCACGUCGCCAUCUCCGUCUCCUCCGUCUCCGUCGUCUCCUCCCUCUCCCGCCCCGACCCCUCCCGCCUCGGCUUCUUCCUCCUGUCCGAGGAAUCCCUCAUCCAGGUCCUCAUCGAACUCCAGCAACAAUCCGAGCAAUCCCAACCCUUCUGCGUCCUCGACUCCCAGUACAUCAACCUCCUCUUCACCUUCCGCGACCUCUCCCCUCCCCCCAACACCUCCUUCUCCCAAUCCUACCCAGUCACCGCCCCCAACGAGUACUCCCUGUUCUUCUCCAACUGUGCCCCCGAGAGCCGCGUCACCAUGGACGUGCGCACGGAGGUGUACAACCUCGACGCCGGCGGAAUCAGGGAUUAUCUUUCGGCCGGGCUCACGCACCUGCCGUCCCUGUUUUUCGUGUUUUCUGUUGUUUAUUUCGGUUUUCUAGGGUUCUGGAUCUACAUCUGUUUGACGAAUAGGAGAUCCGUGCACCGGAUCCAUCUGCUCAUGUGCGGGUUGAUCCUGAUGAAGGCGUUGAACCUGAUCUGCGCCGCGGAGGAUAAGCACUACGUCAAGGUCACUGGUACGCCUCACGGUUGGGACAUCUUGUUCUAUAUUUUCCAGUUCAUCAGAGUAGUGUUGUUAUUCACUGUCAUUGUGUUGAUCGGGACUGGUUGGUCGUUUUUAAAACCCUUUCUCCAAGAGAAGGAGAAGAAGGUUUUGAUGAUUGUGAUUCCGCUUCAAGUCUUGGCUAAUGUGGCUUCAGUUGUGAUUGGUGAGACUGGGCCGUUUAUUAAGGAUUGGGUGACUUGGAACCAGGUGUUUUUGUUGGUGGAUAUAAUUUGCUGUUGCGCGAUUAUCUUCCCGAUUGUGUGGUCUAUUAGGUCAUUAAGGGAGACUUCAAAGACAGAUGGGAAGGCUGCGAGGAACUUGGCGAAACUGACUCUUUUUAGGCAGUUUUAUAUUGUGGUGAUCGGGUACUUGUAUUUCACGAGGAUUGUUGUGUUUGCUCUCAAGACAAUCGCCGCGUAUAAGUAUCAGUGGGUGAGCAAUGCCGCCGAGGAGAUUGCUAGUCUUGCGUUUUACAUGGUGAUGUUUUAUAUGUUUAGGCCAGUUGAGAAGAAUGAGUACUUUGUACUUGAUGAUGAGGAAGAAGAGGCAGCAGAGAUAGCGCUUCGGGAUGAAGAGUUUGAGCUUUGAAAUCUUCAGGAGGAGACUUUCUGAUUUGUUUGGCCCUCUUCAUUGCUCUUGCAAUCACACACUGUGAGUUGUUUAGUGAGUUUACACUUAGAUUUUCCAUGGCAACUUGGUUUGUUUAACCUCUUGUUAUGGUAUUUAUGGAAAAGUUUGUGUUAUUUUAUAUAGACCUUUGAUGUCGUUUGUUGCUAAUACUUGAACUGUUACACUGUUAGUUCAAUUGUAAACUAAUCUUAGUCAAUUGUGGGGUUCCUCUGAUCA